CUUUGGUGCUAAAAUGUUGAAGAAACGCGUAGAGAUCGCUAUUAUUGACCCUACGCCAAAAAAAGAACAAUUAGUAAAAAAAAUAGAAGAAUUAACUCUAGUAAUAAUAAAACAAAUUUGCAAUUCAGAACUUCCUAAAAUAUCUUAUCAGCGAUGUGGCCCAGAAUUCACCACCGCAGAAUCACUUCCAGCUUCAAAUGAAGACAAUGAAGACAUUGAAGAUCUUGAAGAUGAUGAAGAAGAAUUUUUAAAAAAUAGUUGCAAUGAAGACCAAUCCCAAAUUUGUUCCAGUGGAUCUCAAACAGAAUCAAUCCUAGAUUUUUCCAAAGAACGAAAACGCAUCCAGUUGGUUCGGAUGACAAUAAUAUUAUCAAAAGUUCACAAAUUAUUAAUGAACAAAAAAGUCCAAACAAAUCGUUCUUUGUAUUACGAACUUAAAUCCGAGCAAUCGACGUUGUUUGAAAGUGAAAAGAUUGUAAAUUACCAAAUUAACAGCGUCGCUAAAUUGUUAUCUUCUCCGACCUGGGAUUUGGGGCUAAUUGCUGCGGCGAAAGGAUUAGUAGCUGGAAAUUUGAAGCUGAUGUUUGAAAAUGAAGAGAAAAUUGACUGCGAUGCAGUUGGAGGCUGUUUGGUUCCCCAAAUAAUGGCCAAUCAUAUGGGACAAUUGGUAGCCAUUGAAACGGAAGCUAAAGUUAUUAUUGUUGUGGAAAAAGAAGCUGUUUUUAAUAAAUUGUUAAGUGAAGGCUGUCCGAAGAAAUUGGACGCGAUUUUGAUUACUGGUAAAGGGUAUCCUGAUACUGCGACUAGGAUUUUUGUCAAAAUGCUGGUGGAUAAAUUGGAGUUGCCUGUGUUUGUUCUGGUUGAUUGCAAUCCUCAUGGAUUUGAAAUUAUGUCGACGUACAAAUACGUGAUCCAUUGAAUUUAUGAAUUGGGAA